AUGAUAAGUGUGUGUCUGGGUACUGGCUGUGGCAGAAGCUGCACACUUCUGCCUAGUCGGCCGUAGCUGACGCAACAGAGAAAUAUAUCUAAUUCUUGUCAUUCUCUGGCUGACCUGACACAUGACUCUGGAGUCACACAGGGGACCAACGUCCCUCCUCAAACACCACUGAGAGUUAAGAGCACUUCCAUCUGGUACCUUCACCCAAACCCUCAUCUGCUGUGCUUCAGAUUUACACUUCCUGUUACGAACCAUCAUGUCGUGGUCGGAGGGUGUGAACUCCACUCUGAACCUCGACUCCAACACCUCCUCCUCCCUGGUCUGCACCAACCUGUACGACCACCGCCCCGUCGCCCGCGUCCUCAUGUCUCUCCACUACAGCCUGGUCUUCAUGCUCGGCCUCCUAGGUAACGCCCUGGCACUGCACGUCAUCAGACCCAACCUGGCCCAGAUCAACUCUACCACACUCUACUCUGCCAACCUGGCCGCCUCCGACGUCCUCUUCACUCUGGCCCUGCCGCUGAGGAUAGCCUACUACGCCCUAGGUUUCCACUGGCCCCUGGGGGAGACCCUGUGUCGUGUCACCGCCCUUCUGUUCUACGUCAACACCUACGCAGGGGUCAAUUUCAUGACCUGCCUGGCCGUAGACCGCUUCGUAGCCGUGGUUCUCCCUCUACGUUACACCAGGCUCUGCCGGGCCCGGACCAUCCGCUACGUCUGCGUAGGGGUGUGGGUUCUAGUCCUGGUCCAGACAUUACCCCUCCUCUCCGUGACCAUGACCCGGGCCGAGCCUGACGGGACCACCACCUGCAUGGAGUACCCCAACUUUGAGAACGGGGCCGUGGAGGGACUCCCCUACGUCCUCAUUGGAGCCGUCGUCAUGGGAUACGGCGUUCCUGUUGCAACCAUCCUGUGUUGCUACUUGGUGUUGCUUUGGAAUCUGCGGUUGGUGACGAGAAGUAGGGUCGGUGGGCGAGGUCAGAGGUCAUUGAGGAGCCAGAAGGCGACGGGGGUGAUAGCAGGGGUAGUGUUGGUGUUUGUAGUGUGUUUCAGUCCCUAUCACAUCAACAUCCUGCAGUAUAUGAUCCGAAAGCUGAGAUACACACCAGACUGUACCGAGCUCCAGGCCUUUCAGAUGUCUCUACACUUCACUGUGUGUCUCAUGAACUUCAACUGCUGCCUGGACCCCUUUGUCUACUUCUUUGCCUGUAAGGGUUACAAGAGGAGGGUGAUGAAGAUGUUGAGGGUUCAGGUCAGCGCCUCUUUCUCCAGCGUGGUCCGAACCGGGGAGGACACCCCCUUCAAACGGGGGGGGACCCGGGACAGGAGGAGCAGGCUGGGUACCCACACAGCUUGUCCUGUUGCUUUAGAUGAUCUUACAAAGACCAUUCCUGGGCCAGAGACUGAGACAGGAGUCAGAGACCAAGACAGGACCCAGAGACCGAGACAGGAGUCACAUCCAACCAACUACCCCUGAGACAGGAGUCACAUCUAACCAACUACCCCUGAGACAGGAGUCAGAGACCAAGACAGGACCCAGAGACCGAGACAGGAGUCACAUCCAACCAACUACCCCUGAGACAGGAGUCACAUCCCACCAACUACCCCUGAGACAGGAGCCACAUCCAACCAACUACCCCUGAGACAGGAGCCACAUCCAACCAACUACCCCUGAGACAGGAGCCACAUCCGGCUGAGUAGCCCCAGAGCCUAUCCUGGUCCUUGAGAUGACCACUACUAGGCCAUAGAGAGACAGAACCACUAGUCUAGACCACUACUAGGCCAUAGAGAGACAGAACCACUAGUCUAGACACACUUAUUUGUCCUGGGUUUUAUUCAUACCAAACGGAAGAACAAGGAACUGAAACAGAAAGGGACGACCUGAACUUGUCCAAUAAGAAAUGCUUGUUUUAAUUUUACUUCUUUGCUCACUCUGCUAUUUCCAAACGAAUGUGAAAAAGAUGGAAAUCAAGGUCCCAUAAACACAAGAAAACAGCAGCGCCUUUACAAGGUUCCAGAACUAAACCUUGUUUACAGAACAGGAUGCUGUAUGCAGAGAUACAAUCCUACCUCCUACCUACUUUACAAGGUUCCAGAACUAAACCUUGUUUACAGAACAGGAUGCUGUAUGCAGAGAUACAAUCCUACCUUUACUGAUUCAUCUCCAACAUUUCCGUCACAUCGAUCUUUGUACAGAUAUUUAUGCUUUUCAUAAUUAAAAAUGGUUUCACUUCCCAAUA